GAAGUAGAAACUGCAGUAGCAGAAGCAUUAUCGAACGCAACAUGAGAGUUUACCACUUGCUGCUGAUUGGAUUCGGUUUGGCGGCGAUCGCCGGCGGUCGGGAGGUUCUGGCCCAUCCACCCAGGAACGAUCCGGAUCCGUGCACCACCACCACGUGCGCACCCCCACCACCGCCGUGCACCACCACCACGUGCGCACCCCCACCACCGCCGUGCACCACCACCACGUGCGCACCACCACCACCGCCGUGCACCACCACCACGUGCGAACCCCCACCACCGUGCACCACCACCACGUGCAGGCCACCACCGUGCACCACCACAACGUGCAGGCCACCACCGUGCACCACCACUACCUGCAGGCCACCACCGUGCACCACCACUACGUGCAGGCCACCACCGUGCACCAGGACGCCACCCUGCACUCCACCACCGUGCACCAGGACACCACCCUGCACUAGAACUCCCCCAUGCACCAGAACUCCCCCCUGCACUCCACCCUGCACCCCACCCUGCACCCCACCCUGCACCCCACCCUGCACCACCACGUGCACCCCACCCUGCACCCCACCCUGCACCACCACGUGCUCCCCAUCCGCACCCGUACCCGCACCCGUACCCGCACCGGCACCCGGAACUCCGGAUGAAAUCCCUGAAGAGGAGCAACGCGAUCUCGCCCAGGUGCUGAUCUCGCGCCACGACUGCCGUGGCCAGGACGACGGAACCUUCCUGGCCGACGUGCGCCACUGCCGCCGCUACUACGUGUGCAACCGGCAGAGGUCGAGGCGCCAGAACUGCCCCAGCGGCACCUGGUUCGAUCGCCAGCUGAAGGCCUGCCGUCUGGCCAGCCUCGUCGACAAUUGUGACGCCAGGCGCAACUAAGGUGGACUUUGGGUUUGCCGUUGCCUGCCAGUGUGGCCAUGCGCCCUUGCGAAGCAAAUUGGCUUUAGAGAAUUUUUUUUUCACUUUUUCAAAGAAUUUAGCAAAGCAAGUGUGUAUUAAUGAUUUAACUAUUCCAAAGCAAUAAAUAAAUGUUUCACUGAUUAUACAAGAAA